CCCCUGUCUUCUACUAUCCCUCCCUCUCACCGUUUCAACCUCCCCCCUCUCUGUCUCUCUCUCCACCACCACUCACACCACCGCCGUUCCCAAUUCCCCUGACUCCUCCACCUCCCUCUCGCUGUUGCAAUGCAGGAUUCCCCAAAGCCAAGGCAAGAAUUCCGGGUCGGCCAACGAGUGCAUGCAUCUGGUGAUUCACGGAGAAUUGGCACAGUGAAGUAUGUAGGGCCAGUAGAAGGCUAUUCAGACAUCUGGGUCGGAGUUGAAUGGGACAAUGGUGAAGGCAAACAUGAUGGAUCCAUCAAUGGUGUCAGGUACUUUCAUGCUAAGUCUGAAAAAUCAGCAUCGUUUGUUCGUGCCCAGAAUCUUAACCAAGGGAUUUCAUUGCUCGAAGCUCUUGAAACUAGAUAUCGAAGUCAUUCUACCAAGGAUGAAGAAGAUGAAAUGUAUGUCCUUUCAACUAGCAACAAGCGAGUAUCUGUUCAAUUUUUGGGUCAAAAUCAAAUUCAUGACAAGCUUAGUCGAUUUGAGGAGUUAACCGCCAUAUCAUUGUCAUUUAUGGGCAUUAGUUCCCCAGGGGAUCCAUGUCAUAUUAAUACGACAGUGCCAAAUAUAAAAGCACUUGACCUGUCUGGGAACCUGCUCUCGGAGUGGAAGGAUGUUGGGACAAUUUGUGAACAGUUACCUGCUCUGGGGACUCUCAACUUAUCUUACAACUUAAUGACACCAUAUAAAUCUGAGCUUCCAUUACUGAAAAGCAUCCGUGUUCUGGUUUUAAAUAAUACUGGUGUAGAUUGGGAGCAGGUUGAAUUGCUUAGACAACCACUGAUGGCAAUCGAAGAGCUACAUAUUAUGGGAAACAAUAUAAGCAGAAUACUGCCUAUGACAUCCUCUAUGGUUCAAGGAUUUGAUUCUUUGCGGCUGUUGAAUUUGGAAGACAAUUGUAUAGCUGAAUGGAAAGAAAUCAUGAAGCUUUCUCAGCUAAGAUGUUUGGAGCAGCUUUAUUUGAACAAGAAUUGUUUGAGUUCUCUCUUUUAUCCCGAUAAUUAUUCGCUGUAUGAAUCGGAAGUUAAGUGCUGCAAGCCUUUUCAAAAUUUGCGCUGUCUUCUAUUGGGUGACAACAACAUUAGUGAUCUGGCCUCGGUUGAUUCAUUAAACUCAUUUCCUAACUUGGUGGAUAUCAGGCUAUCUGGAAACCCAAUAACUGAUUCAACGAGAGGUGGAAUUCCAAGAUUUGUUUUGAUUGCUCGAUUAGCCAAAAUUCAGAUAUUGAAUGGGAGUGAGGUUACCCCUCGUGAAAGGAAGGACUCUGAGAUUAGGUAUGUUCGUCUUGUGAUGUCAAGAUUGCAUGCCAGUCCUGGAGAAAUCAAACAACAUCCCAGGUUUUCCGAGCUAAAGAGUUUUUAUGGAAUUGAAGAUGAAAAGCCUUCUUCAACUGGAGCCACUGGCCCACAAACGAUCAGCUCAGGAUUAUUGUCUAUCACUCUAAAGUGUGUUGGAGCAUCCAUGGGUGAGAAGCCACCCUUGACAAAGAAGCUGCCAGCUACAACUACAGUUGGUAAACUGAAAUUUCUGUGUGAAAGCUUUUUUAAGCUGAAGUCCAUGAAGCUUAAACUAUUUCUUCAAGAAGAGGGCUCUCCAUUACCCCUGCUGCUUGAUAAUGACAUGUCAUCUCUUAUAGACCUUGGAAUUGGCAAUGAUUCGAAUAUUCUUGUAGACGAAGAAAGUUGAUGAAUAUAUCAUAAUUUUUGGAGCUAUGCUGAAGUCUAUAUACUUUUAAGAUUAGCUGCAUUCAAUCCUAAAAGAAUGGUUUUGUAAUGAAUGCAUUUUUUGUAAGUACACCUCUUGUGUAGGUCACAAGGAUUUGUUUGGCGUCAGUUAAGUUCUUAUUUGAGGUUUUGAUGCAUUACUUAGUUAAUUGGAUGGCCUACCCCCUCCUCUGCCCCAGCUUUUUAUGUGAAUCUCCAAUUAUAAUUUUACGGUUGCUUAAAAUAAAUUUUAAUUUUGAUGCAUUGACAGUGUAAAGUUUCUUUACACAAAUAUUCAAUAGUUGUUUGCCACAUAAGAA